AUGCGGUCCCGAAAUCAGGACUACAAGGGUGCCCGCGACUACGAAGCCCUGAACAACUUCACCAAGGUGAACCUGGGCCCCUCCUGUGGCCCAGAGCGGCUGGAGCUCUGCGACGAGAUGCGCCGGAAGCAGAUCGAGGAGUUGUUGGCCUUGCCCAUGAGUGAGUUGAAGUACAAGAUCAAGAGGAAGGAGGAUCAGAUCGCGGCGGCCGAGAAGGAGCUCAAAGGCUUUAUUGCAAAGCUGGAGAAGAAGUACGAUGAGGCUGUCCAGGUACAGGAGAAGAAGCAAAAGGCCAUCAAACAGGGUGGGCUCAACAUCAUGAAGGCCGUGCAGGCCUACAACCGCCGGGCAAAGCCGAAGAAACCGGAGCGAAGCCGAGGGACUUCUUCGGCACACAGCCGCGAUGAAGCCGAGUUGUAG